AUGAAUGCUUCAAACAUAAAAGACCAACUCGUUGCACUGGCCAAAAUCAUUGUAGGGAUGUCUCAACACAUGCAGCAACAAGACAAUGUCAUCGCAAAACUGCUUGCAAAACUAGACAAGUCAGAACACAAUGCUCCAAAGGCCCAAGAUGAGGCGGAAACAUCCACGGAUGAACGCUAUAAUAAAGAAAAAAUGGUGGGACCAAUGCCGUUUCAAGCAUCAUCCGACUCCUUCAUUCACCUAUCCCAGUUUGAUGAGUAUAUCAAAGGAGCUCUCAAAAGGGAGUUUGAAGGAAGUUCAAGGCCAACAAACAUUUAUGCCAAGUCUUACACUUCAAGGAUCGACACCCUCAAGAUGCCGUUGGGAUAUCAACCGCCGAAGUUCCAACAAUUUGAUGGCAAAGGCAACCCAAAGCAGCAUGUGACACACUUCAUGGAAACAUGCAACAAUGUUGGGACAUACGGCGAUCUCCUGGUGAAGCAGUUCAUGCGGUCGUUAAAAGGCAACACCUUCAACUGGUACAUCAACCUGAAGGUUGGUUCAAUCGACAGUUGGGAGCAAUUGGAGUACGAGUUCUUAAACCGGUUCUACAGCACAAAAAGAACCGUCAGUAUGAUAGAGCCCACCAAUACUUGUCAAUGGAAAGAUGAACCAGCAAUCGACUAUAUCAACCGUUGGAGGAGUCUGAGUUUGAACUGCAAAGACCGGUUGUCCGAGGCCUCUGGUAUAGAGAUGUGCGUCCAAGAAAUGCACUGGAGGUUGAAAUACAUCCUGCAAGGGAUCCGACCCCGCACUUUUGAAGAACUUGCUACCCGCGCUCAUGACAUGGAGUUAAGUAUGGCUUCAAGCGGAAUGCCCAGACCACCAGUUCAAGAAUCUUCAAAAGUAAAAAGAUACGAAAGAUAUGAUGCCACAAAGAAGGAGAACAACACCCCUAUCAAGUCUUCCGGCAAAGAAGCGUUGGCCAUAAAAGCGAUGACCAAAGCACCAAUGAAGAUCCAAAAUUCUGAUGUCUCAGACAUCUUUGACGAUCUACUCAGAGAAAACCUCAUCGAACUUCUGAGUUCAAAAAGACCGGAGGAAGCUGGAAAGGUUGAUGACCAAAGAUACUGUAAAUACCAUCGUGUCGUAGAACAUCCCAUCCAUAACUGUUUCAUCUUUAAAAACAAAGUCAUGGAGUUGGUUCGUGAAGGAAAGAUCACCCUUGAAGACGAUUCUACUGCUGUUAAUGUCACUUCAAUCAUGUUCGUUGACAUAAAAGAUGAGGAAUCAUAUUGCCUCACUACCGAGAAAGGUGACAAGGCGAUCAAAGAUGAAUCGAGUGAAGAAUGUGCCGCGAUAACUUUCACUGAUGAAGAUUUGAUGUUAGGAUCCAAACCCCAUAAUCGGCUAUUACUGGUCGUGGGUUAUAUCCAUGAGCAAAGAAUUAGCCGGAUAUUCUUAGACGGAGGAGCCGCAGUCAACGUCCUUCCUCUAUACACAUUGCAACAAUUGGGAAUACUAGUAGAUCAAUUGUUCGAGAGUCGUAUGAUAAUAUACGGAUACAAUCAAAAUGGGCGAAGAGCACUUGGCACCAUAAGAUUGAGACUGCUAAUCGAUGAAAUAGAAACUAACUCUUUGUUCUACGUCAUAGAUGCAAAAACAUCUUUCAACGUUCUUUUGGGAAGACCAUGGAUACAUAAGAAUGGUGUAGUUCCAUCAACGUGGCACCAAUGA